UCCAGCAGUCAGAUAAACUUUAAGUACUGAGCCAGGAAGGCUAGACUGUAAGGUAGGAAGUGGACUUACUUUCAAAGCUCUACAAAAAAAAAGGGUAUGUGAAACUUAGAAUCAGGCUUCAGAGGAAGAGCGUUAGAUUAGAUUGCAGCAGGCUUGAACAGCAUAAGAUACAGUGAAAGAAAGGGGGCAGAAGAAGAAGAAGAAGAAGAAGAGGAGGAGGAGGAGGAGGAGGAUGGAGAGAUCAGAAGCGGGUGGGAUGCUCCUGCGCAACGCGAGCGCUGUCCGUCCUUGAGCGCACAUGCAGGACGGGAACUAACCUAAGACUAAAGCUGAACAUGAUUUAAAAACAUUUACAAAUACACACCCAUAUACACACACAGAUGUAAUACACGAUAGAGGAUUUGUGCUGCAGAUUUACGCACAGCGUCGUGUUUAAACGCUUCUGGAAAGGGAUUACGCAUCAUCUGAAGUUCAUUCCCGAUGAAAGAAGAAGAAGAGAUGUCUUGGUUUCAGUACGAGCAGAAAUCCUGGAACAAGGCACGCAUGUUCGGAGAGAUCUUUUCGCAAGACAGAAAGUGGAAAUAAAGCAGCUCGAACUCCGCUCAGAAAUCUGACGGGCGUCAACAUCGGAAACCUUUACAGUGUGAGCAUCAAAAACCAUAUGGACUCAUGGAAGAUGAUUCCUGAUUCCUGGCUGAAUUCCCAUUAGUCAGCUACAGCAAACCUUUCAUAGUAAAUGGACUUGCCUCACAUACAGUUUCCAUCAAUGGGACAGCUUUUUCAGGGACACGGAAAGUGAUGAGAGAUCUGAUUCAGAUCUUGAGCUAGGACAGCACAAUACAUUUUUUUGAAUGACAUUAAAUAUACCAGAUUUAUUCCGGGUUCUGAGUAAAGCAUGAGUAAAGAAAACCAUAUGGACUUUAAACAGGUGAAGAGAUGUCUUCACCAGCUGUCGGAUUUCUAAGGCAAAUUUUCAGGUUUAUGAAUUCAGGAGUAAACUUUUUAGAAGUGACUUUUCAAUCCUGAAAUGGAACAAAGUUAUUUCUAGUUAAUUCUAGACCUCACUUAGUAAGGAGAGAAUUGAAUCCACAGUGGAUGAUUGCCCAGCUUACGAAUUAUGAAUACGUCUUGGUGUCGAUGCUGACAGGCUCCACCCCUUUCAUCCAUUUGCCCCGCCCCCAACUCCCAGUCCUGGUCCAUCAUAGUGCUCCACACCAUGCUCCUCCCAGUCUGCCUGUUCCUCCACUGUGUGCUCAUUACUCUGGGCCAGUAUGACAUCUGUAAGUCGCUGGUAAGCACGGAUGAAGGUCCCACGUGGGAAUAUUAUGCAUGUCAGCCUCGACCCGCUGCCAUGAAGGACUUCAUGCAGAUCCGAGUGGAGCCACCAGACAUCACGUGUGGAGAUCCACCUGAGCGCUUCUGCACCCUGGAAAAUCCAUACCUGUGUAGCGAUGAAUGUGACGCGUCCACUCCAGACCUGGCCCACCCGCCACAGCUGAUGCAGGACAGCGAGCGCACCGGCCUCAUCACCUAUUGGCAAACAGUGACAUGGAGCCGCUAUCCUGAGCCGCUGCUGGCCAACAUCACACUGUCAUGGAACAAGAGCCUGGAGGUGACGGCCGACAUCGAGAUCACCUUUGAGUACGGCCGUCCCACCAUCAUGGUGCUGGAGAAGUCAUUGGACAAAGGGCGAACCUGGCAGCCAUACCAGUUUUACGCCGACGACUGCUUGGAAGCAUUCGGUAUGCCACCUAAGAGGGUGGAGAAUCUUUCGGCCACCAACGUGACUCGGGUCAUCUGCACAGAGCAGUACUCACGCUGGGUGGGCUCCAAGAAUGAAAAGAUUGUGCGCUUUGAGGUUCGGGACCGCUUUGCUAUUUUUGCAGGGCCCAAUUUGAAAAAAAUGGACAGUUUGUACACACGCAUGGAGAGCUUGAAAGGAUUGAGAGAUUUCUUCACGUUUACUGACUUGAAGCUCCGGCUGCUGAAGCCUGCACUUGGAGGAACGUACGUGCAGAGGGACAACCUGCUCAAGUACUUCUAUGCCAUCUCUAAUAUUGAGGUCUUUGCCAGGUGUAAGUGUAACCUUCACGCCGGACAGUGCACGUUCCGAGACGGUAGCCUCCAGUGUGACUGCGAGCACAACACCACAGGGCAGGACUGCGCUCGCUGCGAGCGAGGCUUCAAGGCCAAGACGUGGAAAUCCGGCUCGUACCUGCCCACUCCCAACGGAUCACCCAACACCUGUGAGGCGGCAGGUACUCUCGGCAACUGUGAGUGCUACGGUCACUCAAACCGCUGCAGCUAUAUUGACUUUAUCAACAUUGUAACAUGUGUAAGCUGCAAACACAACACUAGAGGGCAGAACUGCCAGCACUGUCGCCUCGGAUACUUCAGGAACGCUUCAGCCGAGCUGGAUGAUGAGAAUGUUUGUAUAGAGUGUAACUGUAAUCAGCUAGGCUCCUUACACGCUCGCUGCAAUGAGACAGGUUUCUGUCAGUGUCGAGAUGGCACAACAGGACAGAAGUGCGAAGACUGUCUGCCUGGAUACAACUGGAAGCAAGGCUGUGUCCCGAACGUCUGCGAUGAUGAGCUUCUCCUCUGUCUGAAUGGUGGGACCUGUUCCCAGAACCAGAAGUGCAUUUGUCCUCCUGACUUCAAGGGCAUCCUGUGUGAGCAGGUGCGCUGUGAUGGUGAGAAAGGCUGCAACGGCAGUCCUGCGUGCUACCUCAGCCUCCUGACUGUGCUGCUCUGCUUCCUCACCCACAGCGUACUCAAAGCCAGUGCCUAGUGCUCUAGUGCUUGCUUCGGCCCUAAGCCGCAGUCCCGCUCUGUCAGCCAGCAUCAGACUGAACCACGCAGACAGACAAGGGGUCGCUGUAGCCCCUGCAGCCCUGUGUGGGCAUCAUGGUGCUGAGAACUUCUGGGCCAGAGUAUGUUUUUAGGGCAGCGCACAGUCCCAGGUUAUAGUCGCAUUCACACAGAUGAGAAGCUGCUUGCUCAUCUCCUUGCAUCCCUGAACACCUGAGAGAAGAGAGAAGUACAAACUAUGAAAUAAACAAAUCACUCUAAAGAAAAGUGUGUAUAUACUAUAUAGAAGAUAUAUUAUAUAGAAAAAAAACUAUUCUUGUUUUUUUUUCCUCUGUUGGUUACUCUUGUAGUUGUGAGUCGUCACUAAGCUCACUGAGAUUCAGGCACUGCAUUUAUCUAGGGUUUCUGAACAGCGGCGUUUAUUACUCAAGCCUUCUCAGGCCAAGGUUAUUUCCAAUUCUUUGGAAGAUUUCUUUAUAAACUACUUUACGUAUUUUC